UCAAAAUCUUCUUUUUCCGUUCCCUAUCAAUCAAACAAUCUGGGCUGCACACAAAAAAUGCCCAGGGCGAGAAUAUGCGGACAUAUUGGGAGCAUCGGAGGUUGUUUGGAUGGGAGAGCAUUGGCAGUACUAGGAAGAAAUAAAACUCAGUCUGCGGGAAAAAAAAUAUGUCGGGCGUUUUGUUGGGGGGCAGAGGAGGAUUGUGGAAAGGCAAGGGCGAGUGGUGGAAGCAAGGCCCCGCUCUACCCCUCUCAGAGGAGGGACAGGCAGCUGUCCUCCCAUGAUUGAUUGACUGAUGUGGGCAGGAUUUAGGAAGCCUCACCGGCUAGCAUGUUAGCUUUUAUUUUUAUGUCGAUUUUUAUUUUUACAGACCUUAACGUAAUUAUGUGAUCACGUAUAAUGCUUUCAAGUGAAAGGGGACGAUAUCUUAUGUGGAGCUGUUUUAUACAGCCAUAAGAUGUAAAGAAAGCAACGAGCUGCUAGUGAUCCGCAGCGGGGCUGUUAGCUUUGUUAGCAUGGGGGUUCGCUUUCUGGCAGUGGUUUCCUUGCUAAAUAUGGCGGUUUGCAGUCUGCUUGGUGUUGUACCGGCAGUUAAACGCCAGAUAGCACACCACAGAUCCUUGUCGUAACUCUGCUUGUGUAAAAAUAGCCGUCCAGCUAGUAGUAGCCUACUUUAGCGAGCUACCUAGCGGCUAGGUACCCUGCUGAAGUACACUAGCUGAGGUGCUAUUAUUGUUUUCUUUAAUUAUUGAGAUAAUGAUUUGAUUGCUGUAGUAUUAAGCAGUCGUAUGGAUUACUGGCGAAUACGCAAAACAAAUUGUAUUAUUUGUAUUACUCCCCCCGGAUAUCUGCUAAUGUUGGAAAUCGCGUGUGUGUGUUAUCUCAACAUGGGUUGCAUGUAGAGAGAUUGGCUUAUUGGGAUGGGAUCAAUGACAGUGUCUUUGAAUGUUGGACCACCCAAUGGGCUGUGGACAAAAAUGGAUAUUGCUCUAUGUUGAGGGUUGGCCCACGGUCCCACCUCUCUAUAAUGCCCCAGUGUUUGCAGCAUCUGCAGUGAACAUGAUGGCAGCCCAGUCGGUUUCCAUAGACAAGUACCAAGAAGGAGAGCAGCAGAUGCAAGGUGUGGCCCAGGCAGAAGGGGAUUCGGAGCAGAAGUUCAUCGAGGGGUCAUUGGUGGAAGCUCCGAGCCCCGCCCACAACGAGCCACAGACGCCCAUGGACGCAGACAAAACCGCCAUAUAUCGGCACCCUCUGUUCCCGCUGUUGGCCCUGCUCUUUGAGAAAUGCGAACAGUCCACACAGAGCUCGGACUGCAUCACGUCGGCCAGCUUCGACGUGGACAUCGAGAACUUUGUGCGCAGCCAGGAGAAGGAAGGCAAGGCCUUCUUCAGCGAAGACCCCGACCUGGACAACCUGAUGGUGAAGGCCAUCCAGGUGUUGCGGAUCCACCUACUGGAGCUGGAGAAGGUGAGCGACCUCUGCAAGGACUUCUGCAGCCGCUACAUCGCCUGCCUGAAGACCAAGAUGAACAGUGAGACCCUGCUGAGCGGAGACCCCGGGAGCCCCUACUCCCCGAUGCAGGGCCCCGGCCUGUCCCCCCUCAAGACCCAGACUCCCACCUCCUUCGCAGGGACCCUCAGUCCCCAGGGUCAGAUCAUGGUUCAAGCAUCCGCCCUGCAGCAGGGCAACGUUACCUUGACAACCGUCAACCCCACCCAGGUGGUCGCAGGUGGAACGGUCUAUCAGCCGGUUACCGUAGUAACACCCCAAGGCCAGCUAGUGACGCAGGCCAUCUCUCCCGGAACGAUACGAGUCCAGAACAACCAGCUCCAGCUGCAGUUCCACCAGGACCUGAAUGCGUUCAGCCACGAGGAAAACUCUUCCAAGAACAAGCGUGGGGUUCUGCCCAAGCAGGCCACCAACGUCAUGCGCUCCUGGCUCUUCCAGCACAUUGGGCACCCAUACCCAACGGAAGACGAGAAGAAACAGAUCGCCACCCAGACCAACCUAACCCUACUACAGGUCAACAACUGGUUCAUCAAUGCACGGCGGAGGAUCCUGCAGCCCAUGCUAGACGCCAGCUCUUCUGAAACCCCCAAAACCAAGAAGAAAACCCCUCAGAACCGGCCCCUGCAGCGCUUCUGGCCCGACUCCAUCGCCUCGGUGGGCGGGAGCCAGCAGGUCACCAUGCCCGACGGCACCAUGGUGACCAUGAGCAUGGAGGGUCUGCAGAGCCUGACGUCGGACGGCGCCACGCUGGCGGUCCAGCAGGUGAUGCUGGGUGGCCACAGCGAGGACGAGUCCUUGGACAGCGGAGAGGACGACGACGACGACAUGGCUGGGCUGGGCCUGGACCACAGUGACUCGCUGCAGUAGAGCACAGACACCAUGGACGGACACACACACACACACACGACACACACACCAGACAUACAUCCAUGACACAGAUGUAUACACUCACAAACAUACACACGUAGAUGCUUGUACACACAUACGGAUACAUGCCGUUACAAACGCAUAGACAUACACGUCCAUUUACACAAAGACAAACUUCAAAGCUGAUAUAUUGUUAUAGACAAAGACACACUACUACCACUGUAUACUGGCCUACAGAUCAACACACACAAGCAGACACAUCCCAAAUGCUCUCUCACACGCAUACACACACACUUCUCCCAAGCCUUUUACUGGCUGAUGAAUCAACACACACAUAACACUUAGACACUACUUUGACAGUCUCACACACGCACAAACACAUACUCCACAAAGAUGAUACGUUUACAUAGAGCACAAAACCACAGGACGUAUGCACAGAACCGCUUCUGCCCACUAGUGGACGGCAGCACGAACUGCGUGAUGUGUACGCCCCCAAAAGUUUCAUUUCAGAAACCGUUUUUUUCUUUUAUACCAUGUAGACAAACGUUGGCGAGUGCACUUUUUGUAUUAUAUUGUAAGCAACCAAUGGAAGCUAAAAAGAAGUGUUAUAAACAAGAACACCAGAAGGGGUCAUACUUUGUACCGCUCCAUUAAUUAAGGUUGAAUUGUUUUCUUUCAUAUAUAUAUUUUCUCCUCCACUGCCGCCCCUCUGCCCGCUUCCUCCCCCCCCUCCCUUUUCUAUGUGAAUCCUGUUUGUUUGGAUGCCAACGCUUCAGCAGAGAGCUCGUCUUCAUUUCCUGCAUGCUUGUGUUUUUUCAGUAGAAGUGCACACGACUCUAGUUAGAAUCGACUCUUACUGGUGGUCUCUGACCGGGGUCUGUUCUGUGGCCCAUCAGGGCAUGGAGA